GCGGCUGUGAACUGCAUAUUCACAUCGUUACAAUCGUGACUCCCAACCGACGGUGAGCACAACGCGUACAGGCCCUGGUUGACCAUGAUCGCAGAAGUCCUACUAGUUCUCGCGGGCCAUUCAUCCUCUCUCUUCCCCACCGACCACACCGUUCAUCCGGCAUUCGCCCCCCUCCUGCAUCCCGGCGAGCAGCAAUGCCUCGAGUCCCUCGGGCAGAUAGCCGCGCGCUACCGCAAGAUCAAGGACGCAUGCGCCACCCUCUCCCGCUCGCCGUCGCGCUACAUCGCGGCACUCUGUGCGACGCUAAACCAGAUUCUCCGCGACGAAUACGAGAACCUCGUCGUCGAGACCGAGGCGAAGGUCCUCCGGCGCGACGCGAGCCUCGUCGCGAGCGGGUCCUUCGUCCCGCUCUCCUCCAUCCGCGCCACCUUCGCCGAGUGGGACGCCCCGCUUGCUGCCCUCGAGAAGCUCGUCGAGGACCUGCAGGACAAGCGGUACGCGCAGCCGGGGCCGCUCGUCGACCUGCUCCUGACGCGCUCGCACACGGGUAUACACCGGAUAGCGUCGAUCUACUCUCGGCUGUGUGAUGCGGUACUGCGCGUCUGGAUCGCCCAGCUGCAGGCGUUCGUCGUGCAUGGGACCGUGGCGGACAAGGACCCGCUGGCAUCGAAGGACUACACGCUGCUUGAAGGGUCUGUCCCAUCGUGCCUGUCCGCACAGUCGAGAGAGUCUAUAGCCUCUCCCGCGUCGCCAGACGCCCGCCGUCCCAGCUACAUGCCAAGCCCCACGUCGAGCGGCACCGCACCACGCGCCGGCACGCUCCUAGAAAAGAAGAAGAAACUCAGCCGGACGGCCGGCACGCAAGCGUCAGCAGGCGCGCCGCGAGGCAGCGCACCAGGGCAGACGCGCACGCGGCGUCUCCGUAUUCGCGUGAGCACCGCGUCCGCCGCGAACCCUGGAUUAGCGCAUUCAAUACAAGGGCCGGCGGAUGGGUGCGGCAGGAUGGCGUACCGGCUGCAUGCAGAACACGGCGCACGGGCUGCCCCGCGCAUGCAUUGUGUGUACGCGUGCUGGACGACCGGGCGUGCGCCGCUGAAAUAUGGCGACAUCGUCAACAUUCGCGCGUCGGUAGUCAGGACCGCAUGGCGCGACAUACCUGGAAACACCGAGUCCCCCCUGCAUGGCGGCCCCGUCCGUUGGCUUCACAAUCGAGGCGGCCGACGCGCCCCGCCUCCCGCCAUGCCAAUACGCCCCCGGUCCGAGACGAUCAGCCGCUUGCAAAGCGCACGACACGGUCAGCACCAUGCACAACGGCCGGCUGGGACAACUCACCUUGGCACGGUGGCUGCAGAGUCGCAGGCGCACGGGAAAGCGACGAGGCGAGUCCCCCUUGUUAUAUCUUCUCCGCGCUCCGCCCGCCGCGUAGGCUCUGCCGCUGCCAAGUCGCAGACCCGCAUACGCGUGCGCUUCUGUUGCUCCCGCUUCGCCGUGAUCGCUACGGUGCAGACGCGCCUAACUAACUCCUCCGCGUUCGAUCACGCGCGUCGUGCCGUCCCUCCGUCAGCCGCGCACGCGCACGCGCCGCAUCCCUGCGCUAUCACUCGUGCCCAUGCCUACCGGCCGUCCGCGUUAGACUGGUCCGGCCAUGGCCCGCCCGCCGUACAGCUUUCUGAUGAGGCCCUGGACAUGUCCGUAACGAAGCAGGACAUUAGCCCGCUCAUUCACGCAGCGGUGCAAUGGCGCGAUUCCGUCCAUGAAGCUGCAUGCUACAGAUUAACUCCGAAGGCUGGACAGGGGGGUGUCGGAAUACUUGCAUGA